UACUAGCUGGCUCUCGUGUGCCAUCUGGAUCUGGAUCUAGCCCACUCCCUCCUCCGUCCCUGCCAUAUAUAUAAGCUCACCUAUAGGAGUCUUGAGCCAUCAGCACCACUGCCACUGCCGAGAAGAAAUCAUUAGCCAGAGUGAGGGUUCAACAUUCAACAACACUCCUUCAGUAAACCUUGUCCACUUCCAUCGAUCAUCGCCACGCCACAGAGAGAGAGAGAGAGAGUGUGUGUGUGUUGAAGAAAAGAAAGAUGAAGCUUAUGGGAAGGAGACAGGGGGGAGGAGGAGGGUUGAGCCGGAGCCUCAAGGAGCACAGGGCCAGGCUCUACAUCAUCCAGCGCUGCGUCGUCAUGCUCCUGCGCUGGCACGACUGACUCACACCCUCCCUCCAUGGAUUCCAUGGACGCAUGGUGUUUUAGAUUUUUGGGUCUGUGAUUGUGCUGUGCCAGAAUGGUGUCGGCAUGCAGGUCGUACUUGUACAUAAGAGGCCAGUUGAUUAUACAAGUAGAAGUAGCAGCAAAGCAAUACUCCAAUCUAGUUAGUGUUCUUCAUCGAUUCACCAGUUCAGUUCCUCUAGCUGCCCUCCACCCUCUUCCUUCCAGCAAGUGUGUGUGUGUCCCAUUGUACGGUUGCAUUACCGCCGAAUACUGGAAUGCAAAAUCGGAUGAAUUAAGACAAGGAAUCGCUGGAUCAA